AAAAAAGAUUCUUUUUUGCCCCAAAAGAUGUCCAUUUUUUACUCCUCUGUCAAUUAAACUAGUAGUUCGAAAUUAGCUUCUAUCAUUGAGGAAUGUCAGCUAAGGAGAGUUUAGUUGUUGACGAUCCUGGCGAUUCAUAUAUUGAUUUGGAAAAGCAGCAACCUAAUUUGGAGGAUACAAACUGCAGCCACUCUCCACCCAACAACGAUGUUGAUGAUGCUGGGAAUAAUUCCUUGCAGAGCAUCGUCAUCUCUGACGAUCAUAAUCACGAUGUGUCUGCCCCAAAAUCCUCGGCUCCGGUGGAAGUAGGUCAGCAGUGCCCCCAAGUUGCGUCCCAGUCUCCCAAGAAGCCUGCUGCUGACUUGUCCAGGAGUUCUAGUUCUUCUCGUGAUGAAUGCCGGGUAUGUCAGCAGGAAAAAGAUGAAGCUUUGAUGGAGUUGGGAUGUCAUUGUCGAGGCGGGCUUUCUAAAGCUCAUCAAUCUUGUAUAACCACCUGGUUUGGCACUAGGGGUUCCAACAAAUGCGAGAUAUGCCAGCAGGCAGCAGCAAAUAUUACUCUCCCAGAGUCCCAGGCUAGUUACUGGGUUUGGAGAUUGGAUCCUGCUUAUGGGGGAAGAGGCAUGAUCCCAAGGCGUGACAGGGUGAGUGUUAGAAAGUUAGACUCUUUUUUUAAGACAUUCAACACCUGGACAUGUCUUUAUAUGUGACCUUAAUUUGCAACUACGGUAUAGGGUUGUUUAAGUCCCCUUUGGGUAGCGUUCUCAAUCCUUAUUGGUGGUCUUCUACUGGAUGUGCUUAUAUCAAUCACCCUCGGGGUUUCUGCUAUACCUGUAAAUAUUAUUAUUGGUAAGAGAAGUACACUUUGACGUAAUUAUAAAACAGAAUUUCAUCCGAGUUUUGUGUUUGUAUUGACAUUUUCAUGCGGCAAUCAAUACCAUACUGCAGGAGUAAUUGUGGUUUUGGGCCUUGGAACAGCACUUCGCCUUGGCCUCGAGUUCUGCCAUGAAUGGAGUUUAAGGAGAGUAGUGCACCAGGUCGAAGCAAAUGCCAGCCUUGGAUAUCAUCCUGCGCUGUAGAUAGACACGGACCCGUACUUGUACAUAACAGAAUCUUAUAAUUUUUUAUUUUUCUACACGGCCAUUGAUUCGGUGGAGAUAUGCUGGAAGCAAUGCAGCAGACUGAGGUCCAUUUCUUCUGAACAUGGCAGAUGUGAUAAGAAGAAAUUGGACAUGAUCAACUGCUUCUCUCAUUGCACGAUUGGAUUGGGCUCAUUGUUGAUAACUAGCCAAGUUAUCAGAGAAAAUAGUUGCUGAAGUAAAUAGAACCUAUAGACGAUCUUCAAAUAUAAUACUUUCAAUUCUUUUUCUUGUGUAUUCGUAAUAGCUGGCCUUGAUACAUUGUCUUGUCUUGGUUGAAUGAUGGAUUGUUUGGUUGAUGUGGUGAUGUCAACGGUGGUAAUGUAGUAGAACGCGAUGCUCAUUUUGAGCAUGUUUUACAUCAUCAUUUGAAUUAUACAACUUUUCCAUGAGAAAAGGUGAAGCUGACUUUAUUUAGUGCAACA